CGGAAGAAUUGUUUGCUAGCUGAUGUUUUCUAUAGGGAUGAAAAACAAAAAGAAAAAGUGUUUACUUUUAUUUUUGCUACAAUUUUGUCGUCUUCAUGCCAGAUGUCCGAGCGACCCAAACUUAGUGUGUUGUCCAGAUAAGAUUUGGGACAACGAAAGAGGAAAAUGCAUCAGUUGUGUUAUCGGGUAUUCAGGAACCAAUUGUUCCACGCCGUGUCGUCAUCCGAGUUAUGGAAAGGACUGUCAGUCCCACUGCUCUUGUAGUGAAACCGAAUUUUGUAGUCCCUCAUACGGCUGUAUGCCAAUAUCAACAGAAGUGGACACAACAGAGAAAAAUCUGGCAACAACUCAAAAAGAAUUAGAAAAGAGUUCAACAGCAACCACCGUAUAUUCCACCGCGAGUACAAAAUCUAGCCAUAGGCGCUUGGUUACAGGAUGGUGUAUUUUGUGUAUUAUGUGGUUUUCUAUGUGUGCCUGAAUACCCUCAUCGAAA